AUGGCGGAGGAGAAGGCUGGAAGCGGUUUCUAUGCAGACAUCGUCGACGGAGACGUGUAUAAGUACUUCGCGCAUGGCGAAUGGAAAACGUCACCUUCAGGGAAAACAGUCAACAUUAUAAAUCCCUGUACCCGUACUGUAGUAUACAGAGUUCAAGCGUGCAUGGAAGAAGAGGUGGACGGCGUGUUCGAGAGCGCCAAGGUCGCGCAGAAGAAAUGGGCCAAGACGCCGCUGUGGAAGCGCGCUGAGCUGCUGCACAAGGCCGCUCACAUCCUUCGCGAACACAAGGAACCCAUCGCCGACUGCCUCGUGAAAGAAGUCGCCAAGGCUAGAAAGGAUUCCAUUACCGAGGUGCUGCGGUCAGCGGACUUCAUGUCGUACUGCGCAGAGGAGGGCGUGCGGCAGCUGGCGGAGGGCAAGUUCCUCACAGGAGACAGCUUCCCUGGCAACGACCGCACCAAGCUCUGCAUGGCCUCCAAGGUGCCGCUAGGAGUAGUGCUGUGCAUCCCGCCCUUCAACUACCCCGUCAAUCUCGCUGUCUCCAAGAUCGCUCCUGCCCUCAUUGCAGGCAACGCCGUUGUGCUCAAGCCUCCCACUCAGGGCGCGGUGGCAGGGCUGCACAUGGUGCGGUGCUUCCAGGAGGCGGGGUUCCCCAAGGGGCUCAUCAGCGCUGUCACUGGCAAGGGGUCGGACAUCGGGGACUUCCUCACCAUGCACCCCGCUGUCGACUGCAUCACCUUCACGGGCGGAGACACGGGCAUAUCCAUCUGUCGCAAGGCGGGCAUGGUGCCAGUGCAGAUGGAGCUGGGCGGCAAGGACGCCUGCAUAGUGCUGCCCGACGCUGACCUCGAUCUCGCUGCUGCUAACAUCGUCAAAGGAGGCUUCUCCUACAGCGGCCAGCGGUGCACAGCGGUGAAGGUGGUGCUGGUGAUGGAGGACGUGGCAGAUGCGCUGGUGGAGCGGGUGAAUGCCAGGCUGGCGAAGCUUAAGGUGGGGCGGCCGGAGGACGAUGCUGACAUCACCCCGGUGGUCAGCGAGUCGAGUGCCAACUUCAUAGAGGGGCUUGUGCUGGAUGCCAAGGACAAGGGCGCGCUCUUCUGCCAGGAGUACAAGAGGGAGGGCAACCUCAUCUGGCCGCUCCUCAUAGACCAUGUGCGCCCGGACAUGCGGCUGGCAUGGGAGGAGCCCUUUGGCCCCGUGGUGCCGGUCAUCCGCAUCACCACGGUGGAGGAGGGCGUGCACCACUGCAACGCCAGCACCUUCGCUCUGCAGGGCUGUGUGUUCACGAGGGACAUCAACAAGGCCAUCAUGAUUGCAGACGCCAUGGAGACAGGCACCGUGCAGAUCAACGCAGCACCUGCCAGAGGGCCCGACCACUUCCCCUUCCAGGGUUUUCGGGAGAGUGGCAUAGGGUCGCAGGGUGUCACCAACAGCAUUCUCAUGAUGACCAAAGUGAAAUCAACGGUCAUCAACCUCCCUGCUCCAUCCUAUGCGAUGGCCUAG